UCCCAUAAUGUAAAUAGUGCCUGGUGUGUUCUGUCCUCAGGAAGGCUGCAGAAAGCCAAAACAAGUCUGUGGCCAUAAUGGCGAAACCUACAACACGGUGUGUGGCGCCUAUUCUGACCGUGUCACUGUGGACUAUGAGGCCCCCUGCAGAGCUGUGGGAGCCGUCUCUGACGUGGCCCCUGACUCAGCCUGCAGUUUGGUUUCAUGUCCAAGUCUGUCCACUCCAGGCUGCCACCCUGUCACUCCACCAGGAGCCUGUUGUCCCAUAUGUGCCAGCAUCCUGCAGAUCCUCUGGAGCAAAGAGCGAAUGAACACGUUCUCAAAGCUGAACAAGAAGCAGCCGGUGACGGUCCACGAUGUCCUUCAGAUCCUGCGGCCUCACAUCUCAGUGCCGCAGUGCGAUGUUUUCGGCUACCUGAGUAUUGACCACCUGCUGGUGGUCAUCAUCGCCCCAAUGGACCAGCAGCCAACACCUCUGCAGAUUGAAGCCUGCAGUAAAGAGGCUGAGAAGAUUGACUCCCUCAUCAACUAUGCCAGCCCCACUCUGGUGUCCCACGUCCCUCUGUCUGCCUUCCUCACCUCUGAAAUCAAGACAUCUUCCAUCCACUCCUCAGGGAGCACGCCAUGGUCACCUCUGACACCCGCCCUGUGUUUCCUUCUGGGUCUCCUUGUUACACCGGCUCCAGUGCUCUAAGUGCCAGCCUCUGUGACUCCCAGUGCCAAAGUCAGGAUGGUGGGCGUGUUCUGGCAGCAAUGAACAGACGAUCGUGAUGACAAUCAUUCCUAUUGACUGACCUGCGUUUCAAACAAUCAGGGUGGUUCAAAGCUUUUGUAUCAACUGUGUUUAGUGAAUAGUUACUCACUGGAUUUCCCAGCCAGUGUGUGUGUGUGUGUGUGCGUGUGUGCGCGCGCGCGUGUGUGUGUGUGAUAGACACUGUUUAUCCAUCCGUCCCAGGAGCACCAGGAGGGGGCGCUGAUGUGUAUGUUUGAUUCAAGACUGCACGAAGUAUCCUUGUUAAGCAGGACAUCACACACACACACAUCAUUUUUGGUGUCACUACAUCCAGGUAUCUGUGUACAUUGCAAACAUACAUUGGAACAUAUAUAAUGAAGAGCACACGUUUAAAGCCUGUGGUGCAUGACAGUGUGCCGCAUGUGGACCUGGUGAUUGAACCUCUAACCUCAGCAGUAUUAUUGCUCAAACUGAGCCCAACUAAUCCAAACACAGUUUGAAGGACUGGCUAAACAAAGUCUCCAAAGUCAACUUUCCCAGGAUAUUUAGUCUGUGCCAUCGGCCCGUCUUCUGUGAAAAAAGCUCCCAGUUUGGACUGGGGAGACAGACACCCAGGUAGUGGUCUAUUUCACGUAGCAGUGACCUUGGUCAGUUUCACCUCAUCACAUAAAGCUUUCGUCCAAACAAACCUGGU